AUGCCCCUCCGGCGGUCAAGUAACUCGGCCGAUGCCCAUUCUUCACCUUCAUUCUCUUUAUCAAGUACCAAGCGUCGGUUCCCUCUUCUAAGUAGGAGAAAAACCCGACAUUCGGAUGUUUCAGAAGCCUCUGUUCCUUCUGUGGUAUCACCACCUGCGUCUCCUUCACCUCAAAAACUUACCAAACCUGGUCUUCGAGUACAUGUCGAAGUCAAGUUCGAAGGCCAACAUGCCUCUGAACAUGUACGCGACUAUGAAUCUUCAUCGCAACUAAACGCUACGGAUCGCAUCUGUCAAGCGCUUCUUUCACGCCUACAGCAUUGCUCAUCGGAGCUUAUCACACGCCAUGACAGCAAUGCGCUCGACCCCCUUCGCAAGCCACAUCGUGAUGUGAAACCAUUGCGAUAUCGCAUUACAUAUCGUAUUGAGCGCGAUGGUAUCAAUCUUGUAGAAAAGUCGUUGCGCUCUUUCCAAGAGUAUGAGUUGACACAUGAUGAUACUCGCGAGGUUGUUGCUGCUACCGACCGGAUUAUCGGCCUAUUCUUAGUGCGCCACGACCCCGGAUUUCGAUGGUCUGAGUCCCCUGAGACUGAACCGGCCAGCCCCGAGUCCGAGUCCGAGUCCUUUCGGCCGUGCACUGGCCGACCUCAAUCCAUGGCUUGCAUCCCUCAGUCCCAUUUCGUUCACGAUUCUCAGAAAUUUGAAUUCGUUUCUGGAUAUUCCGUUGAGCUUUUCCUGCGCAGUCGUUGCGCCACCCGCUAUCCAGAAAGCCGAAACGCCUCCAUCAAAAUUGACAGCCGUCAGCCCUCACCUUUGCCUCUUCUGCUUGGUGAAGAGUUGACAACUCGAGUGUCGAAUCUCAUUAUUGAUCCCGUCGACGCCUGGAAACGUAAGUUUGACAAGCGUCAUAAGUCAUGCGCGGGACUAGAAGGCAGCGGUGGCUGCUCCCAUAUCGAGGAUGGAGCCGUGGACAUCAUGGUCAAGGUCCGCAACCACAUUGGCCCUGACUAUACCUACUUCUCCCACCGUAUCCAAACGAGCAAGGUUCUCUUCAAUGACCACAAUGGCCGUGACUUUGACGAGUUCGCCAACCAGGUCAAGGCAAAAUUGGAGAAAGCUCGCGAUAUGACAGACAAGUCAAUGCGCUCUUUGGAUGAUCUCAUUCUUACCAUUCACGAGUUGCGUGGUAAGAACUGGUCUGUUCACGAGCCUUUUGUUGUUCGGCUCGACCCAACGGUUACAUACUGUCGUCAAACGAUGGAAGCCGUCAUGGAGCGCCUUCAGACCGGUAUCAGCAAUGUUCUCGAGCAUCACGAAGAUGCUCUUGCUACCAUGACCGUUCACAAGCGGGGUCAUCUCAUCUUUGAUGGCUUCCUGGAUGGUGCUGGCGGUGAUGAUAACGUGCAUUUUGAAAAGUUUGCUACCCCUGACCUGGAGCGCAAAGCUUUGGAGGCACAUUUGAAAGAACGUAUUCGUUCAGAUAUCACAAUGCUUUGCAGGGAUACCUGCGCGAUCGACUGCCCCGAAACACUGCCCAACUUGCGAUUCAAGGCAAGCGGAACUCAUGCAUCUUCCUUUGGAGCAGGUUCAUCGGUUAGACCUGCUUUGUCGACAGCAGGUUCAUCUGUCGCGCCAACUACGCCUUCACUUGCUGCCUCUCCUCUCCUACGCCAAGCUUCUGAGGCCUCUUUCAACGGAUCUUUUGCUAGCAGCCAUUCUGACAAUCCACUUGUCAAGAAGGUUGCGAUGCAAAAUUUGAGAGACUCUAUCGAGCCUCCUUCGACACCAGUUACCCCACAACACGACUUGCGCCGGGUUCCUUCAGGCGUUGAGAUGGCCAAGAAGCAUGGCUACAUGUCUGAUUUCAUGGCAGACGACGAGAACCAGUCCGAACCCCCGUCUACUCCAAGCCUGGUAGAUACUGAUAGCAUAAGCCCCCGAGACAGUGUAGUCGCUACCCCAUCGCGGCCGACGGCCCAUGACCAGUCCAAUGAGGGACUGCGGAUCGUCGAGGAUGGACGAAGAAUCAUCUAUCAAGAGCAAUCUGACAUGGAUGCGAUCGCGAGUGGCAUGGUCCAAUUUCACCGUCCAAUUACCGAUGAUGAUGAGCCAAUUCAGCUCACCAAGGACAAGCCGCUCGAGGAUUCUGAGAAGAAACUGGCUAUCCAGUCACCCGAUGCUGGCAUAACAGGUCUAUCAGGUGAUGCAGAUGAGAUCGCCAGGUCGAAGGUGGACGAGCCUGUUGCAUCUCGAGAAGAAACAAAACCCACAGCUCUCGUAACAUCUGAGCUUCAAGAGCCCGAUGUAAUUAUGGAGAAACUUCCAACCGCUGUCCCAGAGCAGUCCACAGAACAGGAGGUCUCGAAGUCCGAGGAACCAGCGGUUGAGGUUGCUACUGAAGAGAGUCUUGUGGGUAUUCCCGCUUUGAAAGAUGAACAGGCUGAGACCAAAGAUCUGCCUCGUGAGGUCGAGGUAAACUCAAAGUCUGAGACGAACUUUGGAAGUACUCCUGCAGCCAGCAUCCGAGAGGAGGCUGAGAUACCAGAGACACAAUUGCCCAACGCUUCUGAAGUGCCGACACCUAAAGCCGACGCUGUCAGUGUUGAGAAGUCUUGUGCUGCAGACAUUAACAAUGCACAGCAAACAAUCGAUGUUUCUGUGUUGACAUAUUUCCCCAAGCCUCCUUCAAUCCACUCUCACAAUGGAGAGGUUGACCGCAGCGACGAGAAAGAGGAAGACCUCAAGGACUACACAGUCCAAGUUCCGGCUCCUUUGGUGAAGGAACCCCAUGAGCUGCUCCAGGUCAACAACCCGCAAACUGUUGGAGGAGCGCCAACAUCGAGCGAUUCUGGCAUCUCAAUGCUGGAGGAUGCGAAGGACCAGGAGGUCCAGCCAAUGGGUGGACCAGAGAACUUCGAGAUUACUUCUCUACCUCCUGUUACCACGACCACUGCUCAGGAACCUGUAAUCGCAGAUGAUGCGGAGAUCGAGGAUCAGAAAGCGCAGGUGGCAGAUGCGGUACCUGAGCCUUACCCCGAGAUGAUUACCCAUUUCCUUGAGACCGUCCCAGAAGAUACACUUCUUGAGCCUGCUGCCACAGUCGCUGAAGAUGUCCAGGUUGUAUCGACCGAGUCGCCCAAGUCACAUGAGGAGACUGCUAAACUUAGUGAGCGUCCUUUCAUGCCGACCAUUGCUUCAGCACCCCCAGAAAGGUUGCCCCUCCAAGGAGAAUUUUUCCCUGAUCCAGAAGCAGACGAGGAAAAGGGACCCGAGACACCUCGAAGGUUUGAUGUCUCUGACUUCUCCGACGCUCUCUCGCGACCUCGGACCAGGCCUCGCACCAGCACGCUUCCUGGACGCCGAUACUCAACAGCCUUGACUCUUGAGAUCGAUCUGAAGGCUCAUAACGAUCCUGAUGAGGAGGAUUCGCCCACUGAUUCGCCCCCCAAGAGUGCCAGCGGCGACUGGCGUCCGUAUACGCUUCAUCAUCGUCAGCCUUCCGCCGGUUUUGUCGGAUUGCCUGAUCAGCGUCGUCUGCAUUCUGUUGGUCUCCGCAGCGCUGUACUGCCAUAUCGCUGGCAGCAAAUGCGACGUGAACAAGCUCUUUUGGAAGGACGACCAGGCACAUCACAUAGUGAGGCCUAA